GCUCCGCCCCCCUGUGAGCCAAGGUAGAGAGGGAGGAGGAGGGAGCGAGGGGGCUGAGCUGAUCCCACGUGUGACGCUUUCAUUCCCGGCUCAGUAAUAUUCUCAUAGCGGGGCUUUGCAUAUCGCCUGCCCUAUCUGUGUAUGUCUGUCACUGUUACUGUAGUCCCAGCCGAUAGUUUGGACUAGAUAUGGAAGGAGACGGGAGUCAAGCCACAUCCGGAAGCCUAAAUGAUUCACAACAUGACCCGGGUAAAAUGUUUAUCGGUGGCCUCAGCUGGCAGACCUCACCAGACAGCCUUAGAGACUAUUUUAGUAAAUUCGGAGAAAUAAGAGAAUGUAUGGUGAUGAGAGACCCCACGACAAAACGAUCAAGAGGAUUUGGGUUUGUUACGUUUACAGAUGCUGCCAGUGUAGAUAAAGUCUUAGCCCAACAGCACCACGAAUUAGACUCAAAGACGAUUGAUCCUAAGGUUGCCUUUCCACGUCGCGCUCAGCCUAAGAUGGUCACAAGAACAAAGAAAAUAUUUGUGGGAGGCUUGUCAGCCAAUACAGUAGUGGAAGAUGUGAAGCAGUAUUUUGAACAGUUUGGAAAGGUUGACGAUGCCAUGCUAAUGUUUGAUAAGACUACUAACAGACAUAGAGGAUUUGGUUUCAUAACUUUUGAGAGUGAAGACAUCGUAGAGAAAGUCUGUGAAAUUCAUUUUCAUGAAAUCAAUAACAAAAUGGUAGAAUGUAAGAAGGCCCAGCCCAAGGAGGUGAUGUUCCCGCCAGGCACACGAGGGCGAGCCAGGGGUCUGCCCUACACCAUGGAUGCCUUCAUGCUAGGGAUGGGCAUGCUGAGUUACCCUAAUAUUGUUGCAACAUACGGCCGUGGAUACACUGGAUUCGCACCCAGCUACAGCUACCAGUUCCCUGGCUUCCCUGCGACAGCAUAUGGACCGGUGGCGGCAGCGGCGGUAGCAGCAGCGCGUGGCUCAGGUAGGGGGGCCCGUGGAAGAGGCGGCUACUUGGCGUACCCACAGAGCACAGGGCCAGGCCUCCCCGAUUAUGGGUUUUACUCUGCGCCCAGUGACCAGAGGGGGGGGCCCUGCUCCUUUGCUGACUAUGGCUCCCUGGGGCCCCAAGCGGCUCAGAUGCUGCACAGUGAGCAUGCCACCUCCGCCUGCAACUCCCCCCUCCAGCACCUACACAGCCCGGAUCAGUUUAAGAACCCAGGAGCCAACCCGUCGAGACCCGGAGGCUUCCCAGGCGCCAACAGUCCAGGUCCUGUGGCUGACCUGUACGGGCCCAGCAGCCAGGACUCGGCUGUUGGCAACUACAUCAGCGCUGCUAGCCCCCAGCCGGGCUCUGGGUUUGGACCCAGCAUCACAGGCCCGUUGAUUGCGACAGCUUUUACAAAUGGAUACCAUUGAACAGGUGGCCGGUUGCUAUCUCAUCAGAGCAGAGUAUAUCUGGUGGCCCAGGACAGACAGGAAGAAGUUUCUAAUUGGCUUUGUGUGCAGGUGAUGUUAAAUCAACUUCAAGCACUACGGCGUCACCCGAAAAGAUGGAACCACGUGAAGAAGAAGAAAAGAAAAAGUCAUCUCUGAAAAAGAACAACUGCUGUACUAUAAUCCAAACCUCCUAUAACUUUAUGAACCGGUUUGGUAUGAUGUUUCACGUCCAGCUCACCCACUGAUUUCCUUCCUUUUCUUUUCACUAGUACCUAUUCAUUGUAGCCUUUUUGUUUUCUCGGUUUCUUUUGACUUCUAGUAGUGCUGUGUCAAUGGAUUUUUGUUUUAAAGUACAAUGGGGGGUGGGGGGGUCAAAGCCAAGAAUAUCUGCAAGUUUUCAUCUUUGUAAUGGUCAAUGUAAAGGAAAAAGGUCAUCCAGUCCUUCUGCAAAAACAGGAAAAAAAAGAUUUAAGGAGAAUCUGAAAGAAGGUAUCAAAGUAAUAAAUUUUAGUCGCUGUUUUAUUUUAUUUUUUUCUUGUGAUGUCUCAUUGUAAACCAUAAUUACCUAUUUUUGGGCAAUACAAAGAGGACUCCAAUAUUUUUAUGGUCCUUUUUUAUAAGUGUUGUUUUUGUUGUUUAGAAAUAUAUAUAUAUGCUAUAACAAAAUUUCAUAUAACUACAUUGUGAAUUCAAACUUGAGAAAAAGAAAUGUAGCUGUACAUAUUAUUCCAGUCACUGCAUAUAACCAACCCUGUGAGAGAAUAGCAUAUUUUUGUGAUGGUGUGUCAAAAGAACAAUGUUAUAGCGUGUGAAUAGAAGAAAAAGCUGUAAACCGUUAAUAUUCUACUCUUUGUUUCCUGCUGGAAGACGGUGUAACAAGCCCACUCUCAAAGCUGAACACACUUGCUCUGUAAAUACUGAAGCUGAAUAAUUUUACAAGUGUCAUACCAGCAAAUUUACAACCAGUUUGAGAAAUAAUUAAGAUAUAUAAAAAAAAAAAA